AUGCUGUGGGCGGCAGGGCGCUUCUGCGCGCCUGUGCUUGCGCCGUUUCUAGCGCAGAAAAGCGCGCAUUUAGUUUUAAAAGAAAAACAAAGAAUGAGCAUGCAGAAAAAGCAAACAGACUACGACAAAAGCACAGCCAAAAUGUUUUUGGACCCGUACAAGUAUGUUAUAGAGGUUCACAUUGAAAACAUACAAAAGCCGGAAAAUACUGUGGAAAUCAAAAAGGAGUACAUCACCGGGCUUGAGACCAUCCUGGUGCGGCAAGACAUUUCGACCGCGUCUUCUAUUUUCCCGCUGAUUGCAAAGUGUGUUGGCCUCUUGGACGUGCCCGGCCUGGAGGAAGACGUGUGUGUGAUGCUGGGGCACAUCUCGCAGAACGUGGAGCCUGUGGCGAGAGAGCUUGUUCGGUGCCAAGUGCUUAGCCGCUGCAUGGAGCUGUACAGAAAAAGGCCAGAGGCAGUGAACAAGAUGCUUUUCCUGCUUACAGUUAUAAACAACACGGUGAAGGACCUGCGCUCUGCCCUGGAGGCGUCGGGCCAGGACCCUGCCGCGCUGAAGUGCAUCUCUGCAACAGACGAGCACAUGAGCGAGAAGUCAAAGGAGAGGCUGUGCGACAUUUUGUCGUCUCUUAACGUUAAAUAA